AUGGAUGUCAUCUUAAAGGACCCUACAAAAGGACAAUUGCUAGUAGCAGUAGGGAUUGAUGGCAAUAAUCAAACUUUUAUGGUGUCAUAUGCUGUGGUGGAAGCAGAGAACAAGUCAUCAUGGAAGUGGUUUUUGGAGAUUCUCAGUGAAGACCUUAAUAUAGGUACCAGCCACGAGUUCACCUUCAUUUCAGACAAGCAAAAGGGCUUGAUUGGAGCACUUGGAGAGGUUAUGCCAUAUGCAGAACAUAGGCACUUUUACAACAACUUCAAAGACUCAAACAAGGGUUUACACUUGAAGGAGAUCCUAUUUAGUGCAGAAAAAGCUACUUAUGUUGGAAGGUUUAAUUUCCACAUGGAAGAGAUGAAUGCAGCUGAUCCAGAUGCAGUGAGAUGGUUGGCUGACCAUCCACCAAGAUUCUGGUCUAGGUCCCAUUUCAACACUUAUAGCAAGUGUGAAGUCUUGGAUAACAACAUGUGUGAGAGCUUUAACAACACUAUUUUGGAGGCAAGAGGUAAGACCAUUAUUCCAAUGUUAGAGGAGAUUAGGGUGAUUAUGAUGAAGAGGAUGCAGGAGAGGAGGGAAAAAAUGAGGGGGUACAAUGGUGUCUUGUGUCCAAACAUUAGAACAAGGCAUAACAAUAGGACAACUGGAGCAUCUGAAAUGUGUAUUGCCACAUGGUCAGGGGAAAGGAUAUACCAGGUCAACUGUUUUAGUGGCGAACAAUUCACAACUUACCUUGCUACACACACCUGUACAUGCAGAAGAUGGGACCUCACGGGCAUUCCAUGCCCUCAUGCCAUUGCAGCUAUAAAUUCUAACCAUGAGAAUGUGGAUGACUAUGUUGACCACUGGUUCAGGAAGGAGACUUACAUGGCUAGCUAUGAGCCUAUCAUUUACCCUCUCAAUGGUGCAGAGAUGUGGCCAUAUACAGGGGUAAUUGGGCCACUACCUCCAGAUGUUAAAAAGCAAUCAGGAAGGCCAAAGAAGCAAAGGAAGAGGGCAAUUGAUGAGCCUCAAAGUUCCACCAAAUUGGUAAGAAGAAACACAACCACCACAUGUGCCCAAUGUGGUCAGCUAAGACACAACAAAAGAACCUGCAAAGGUCAACCAUUGCCUCAGAAUCAGAAUGCAGGAAGGGAGAAAUUGCCUGUGAGGAGGAACAAUACUGAGAGGGGUGAAACACAAGGCACUGAAGAUGCAAGUCAACCAACCAUGGGUACCACUACCAGUAGGCCGGGAAACACAAGCACCACUCGGACAAGAGGAAACACAAGCACUCAAUCAAUUAAGAGGGGAGGCCAAGCAAUGCAAACAAGAAGCAGCCAGCCAACUAAGAGGAGAAGCCAAGCAGGAGUGCAAACAAGAACUAGCUAGCCAGGCCAAGUAGUCCUUACAACAAGCAGUCAACCAACUAAUAAGGGAGGCCAAGCAGGAAUGCAAACAAGAAGUAGCCAGCAAGGCCAAGCAAGAGUGCAGUCCAAGGGAAUGAAGUUCGUCAUUGUCUCUGCACUAUAGAGAUUAUUCUGAGUGUUCAUCUCUGCACUCUAUCCAGAGCAUAGGUUCUGUUUUUUGUUGUUAGGUUAUGCUAUGAAAAUGUAUGGAUUAUUACAUGACUUUUUGGAAAUAAGGGAUGUCAAACUGCUAAGUUUAUGGUUGAACUGCUAAGUUUAUAGUUAUUGCUAAG